AUGCUGCAGUUUCCUGCUGUACAGAUUGAUGCUGGGCAGGGGAACAUUGUGAUGACAGACAGCAACAAUUAUGCAUACUUUCUGAUUGGAUCACAAUGGUACAAAAUGGGCUCACUCACCCUCAAGCAUGUCUCAGUGGGACCUGCAGGAAUCUGGGGUGUUGACCUCAACAACAGGGUCUACAAAUACGUAGCUGGCAGCUUUGUUUUUGCGAAUGGUGAGACUUUACAGCAGGUGGAUGCUGGAGGUGAUAGUCAGGUGGUGGGAGUUACUGACACCUCCACCAUCCACUGUCUGAAAAGCACCAUUGUGUCAGCCUACAGGAAACAGAGCACCCUGAGCUGGAUAACCCUGCCUGGGCUUUUAAUGUAUGUCAGUUGCAGCACAAAAUAUGGAUGCUGGGGAGUGAACUCAGCUGAAAACAUCUACUUCACAAAAAUAACACCGAGCACCUGUGGCAUCAGUGGCUGGAUACAAGUGGAUGGUCUUGCAGUAAUGGUUGAAAUUGGGACUGAUGGAAGCGUCUUUGUUGUAACUAGAGGAGGAGAGGUCUUCCAAAGACAAGGCAUCGACAGCAGCACUCCACAAGGCACGAGCUGGACCCAAAUACCAAUGCCCUCUCGCAUCAGCCACAUGUGAGCUAUGAUCGUGGCAAUCUGUGGGUCGUGACUGACUAUGGGACCAUCCUGAAAUGCUUAUAUUAAUGGUUGUAGUCUUUUCUCUUCUGUCACAUAAUACAAUAUAAAAGCUGAUCAGCAUUAUGUUAACAAUGAAAAAUUCACGUGGGAAAACAAUUGAUUGUUUUAUUGUGAUUACAUCUUAAGUGAUUCAGCAACAGCAUGCAUAACUACUAGAAUGCUGUCAGAUAUUUACUUCUGUAUCAUUCACCUGCCAUCCUUUCAUAAACUCUUGAUUUGUUGA